CACGGAGGAGGUGGAUGUUGUCAUUUAUAUGGUCUCACUUACAAUGGUGGCUAUCAAUGGACUUUUAAACAGGUUUCCUGGCCUGAGAAACAGCUUCUCCCUUAAGCAACAGGGGAAAUACCAGAAAUGGCAAAUCUGGGGCAAAAGAAAGGACACAAAGGUUCAAGCGGUGUCAGAUGGAGAGCUGAACAUGUCUGCACGAGGCAGCGGAGGCAGCAGUUCCAGCCUUCCUGGGACCCCGGGAGGCGAUGUCAACCCUGCCAACAGCGUCCUGAGCUGGGCUGUGUCCUUUGAGAAGCUGUUGGAAGACCCCUGUGGAGUUGGUUACUUUACGGCCUUUUUAACGUCAGAAGUCAGUGCAGAAAACAUCUUAUUCUGGAAAGAAUGUGAAAAGUUCAGGAAAAUACCAGCCACCUCUCUGGAUCAGUUAAAAGCAGCAGCUCGCUUUAUCUAUGACACCUAUGUGUCUGACACCGCUCCCUACUGUGUGAACAUCGAUGACACUGCCAAGACGGAGGAGAAGGACCUGGAGAAUCCCACUCCUGAGAUGUUUAACAAAGCUCAGGCCCAGAUCUUCAAAUUGAUGAAGAUGGACAGCUACCGGCGCUUUGUACGCUCUCCUCUCUACCAGCGCUGCACUUUGGCCAGUGUAGAAGGGAAACAUUUACCUCAGAUCUCGAAGGAGCCGGUCCGCAUAGGUUCCUGGGAGGACAUGUUCAACAGGAGUUCCCCGAGAGACAAUAAGGACAAGUCCGACUCGAAUAGCCUGCCAGGUGCUAAAAGUGAGAAACAACGACAUAAAAGAGGAUCCUGGGGAGAUGCAUCAAAUGGCCAAGGCUCAGUUUUCGUGAAGGGCUCAAACAUGUCUACCAAAUCAACCAGCAGUGUGGAGCUUGGCUCCCUCUGCAGACAGAUGGAGAACGGUCGGCCCAGUUCCAGCAACCGUGAUCAAGGAGCUGCCAUUGGGAGUCGUCUGGGGAUGGAGGGAGGAUACUGCUGUGUCUACCUGCCUGAUGGCAGUGCCUCUCUGGCCCCUACCCCUAAUGGCCAGCCAAUCAAGGACAUGCUGGCUAGCCUGUGCGAGAAACGGGGCUUUCCAUUAAAAGAUGUCAUCAUUUACCUUCAUGGCAAGGACAAGCCCUUAUCGUUGGAGCAGGACUGCUCUGUGCUGAGGGAUCAGCAGGUCUCUCUCGAGCUCAGGGUGAUGUUUACGCUGGAGAAUGCCUUCACUGGUAAGACAGUGGCAAUCAUGGUGAAGUCCAGUAAGACGCUGCAGGACGCCCUUUCUGCAGUGCUGCAGAAACACCACCUAAAGCCCCAAGAAGCUGUGGUCACCAUGGUUGGAAGUGACGAGCCUGUGAACCUGAGCUGCUCCGUCUACAGGCUGGCCAAUAAGAUGCUACGGUUGGACAAAGCCAAAGGUAAAGAUCAGAGCAUCAUUCCAAGAGGGGGUGGUUCUUCUCCCCAUACACAGGCAGGAGCAGUAAGUGCAUCUCUGGAGCCUCGAUCAUCAGCACAACCUGAGAGAGUCAGGACACCACACAGACCCAGUAAGAACCGCGACAUGGACGGGUUUCUGGAUAUGCUGACAAAAGCUCAGUGCUGCAGAGUAGAUGACCAGAGAGGCCUUCUGACCAAAGACCAGCUAGAGAUCCCCUUAUUUCUGCAGCGUCCUUCAGACCAGAGACAGAAUGCAGACAAUCCCUCUACAACCAGCUCUUUCAGUGCUGACUCAAAAACUGAAUCGGAGGACAAAGAAAUCUCUUCUGCUGUAGCCAAGAAACCUGAGGAAAGUUCUGUGGCUCCUAAAUCUGGAUCUAAAGACUUAAGGGAAACAAACGUUUGAUGGAAAGCUGUGUUGAAAUACAAUAAUAAGCCUUAAAACCCAAUGAACAGAACAAAAAUGUGACAUUAUUUACAUAAAAAGAUAUUCUUGGUGUAAAUGCACUUUUUUUAGUAAAUAAGCUUGGUCAGCAGUAUAUAUAUAUUUUAAUUUUUUGGGACCUCAGUAUUUGAUCAAAUGGCCUGUUAAAGAAAAGUUUGGUUAGGAAUAAAAUAUAUGGAAAACAUUUAUUGUGUAAUUUAUGAAACACUACAGAUCCCGAUUUGAGAAUGUGUAUAAAUUUGUACUGUACCCUGUAUAAAACAUUCUAUCUUAAUAUUGAAGUCUGGAACAUGUUAUUGAUGUAGCAAGUCAGUCAAACCUGCAGUCAUUGUUGUAUGUUAAAGCUAAAGCAUAACAGUGUCUUCAAAGUAAACAUUUGUUCUGUACAGCCCUCAAAAACAAAUUUGCAUGACUUUGCUUUAUGGUUAAAUGUUAUAUGAAGAGUAGCUUAAAUUACUUGAAAAUUUUGUUUUAAUUGUUGUGUGCACUUUUUUUUAAUUUUUAUUUUUUCCAUGCAUGUUUUGCAUGCUAUGCUGUGAUAGCACUUUGAAGCUCUGAUCAUGUCCUGUUUCCAGAAAUCCUUGACUGCAUUUCAGGGUCCAAGUGAUUAACCAUUUGCUCGUUAUGAGGGUAUCUGAUCCAGUGUUAUUGUAAUAUUCAAUGAAGUGUAUCUGACAGUUUCCAUACUUAGACCUGAUUGUUAAUUUCUUGCAUGGAAUGAGUGUAAACUGAGCUUUUAAGCCUCAGUGAUUGUUUUUUUUUUUUUUUUUUU